UGUGGUCAUUGUAAUGAUGCUGUGAAACUCCCUCUGCUCUUCGGUUUCACUUCAGAAGCCCGUUGGUGGAGCGGAGAGGUAGACCCAUGUUCAGGAUUAGGUAGUGUUCAUAGAGCGUGUGUUCGCACUGAGCGGCAGCAGCAACAGUUCCCCUUCAACACAAACUUUCCUCCGCAGAAAGUUCAAUGGCUAAAUAUAAGCCGUGGCUGGUGUGCUGCUUCAUCUUGGCUGGUUUAAUUUGCGCGGUUGCUCUCGUCUGCCUGUGCAUCGUCUCACUGGUGGGCAGAGAGUGUCCCAGCGGCAGCUUCAUGCAUGCGGCUGUGUCUGCAGACUCGCGACGUUGCUCCGAGAUUGGCAAGAGCAUGCUACAGCAGGGGGGGUCAGCAGUAGAUGGCGCCAUUGCAGCUCUUCUGUGCACAUCCGUGGUCAAUCCUCAGAGCAUGGGGAUUGGAGGAGGAUCUAUAUUCACCAUAAGAAAUAAAACAGGCAAUGUUAAAGUCUACAACUUCAGAGAGACCGUCCCACAGUCUUUUAAAACCAACCUGCUAAAUGACUGCCCCACCACAGUGAGACUGACCACAGGCAGCCAGUGGAUUGGCAUUCCUGGAGAGCUGCGGGGCUAUGAGGCAGUUCACAAACAGUAUGGGAAGCUGCCUUGGGCAAAGCUGUUCGAGCCAACAAUUAAAAUGGCCAGUGAAGGCAUCCCUCUGCCGGCAUUUCUGGAAAAUGUUCUGAACUCCUCCAUUGUGAAAAAUCACUUGGAAAAUUCAUCCAUCUGGGAAGUUUUCUGCAACAAAAACAAAACUGUUCUGAGGAAAGGAGACAUCCUGAAGUUUCCUAAACUUGCAGAAACCAUGAAAACAAUUGCAGAGCAAGGGGCAGAUGCCUUCUACACUGGCAAGAUAGGACGUGACUUAAUCCAAGACAUAGAAGCUGCAGGUGGGACUUUGAAAAUGGAGGAUCUACAGUCCUUUCGGGUGCGGGUGGAGGAUGCAUGGACCGUUCCUUUGGGAAAUACUCAGAUGCACAUCCCUCCACCACCUGCCGGGGGGGCCCUGCUCGCCUUCAUUCUCAGGCUGAUGAAAGGGUUCCCCUUGACUCCAAACUCCUUGGAUGGUGACCAGACAAUUCAGAUGUACCAUCAUUAUAUAGAGGCAGCUAAAUUUGCAAACGGACAAAGGAGAAGCAUCAGUGACCCUCUCUUUAAUAACAAAAAGAGUGCAGAUCAUUUGAUUGAUGCCUCCUUCAUUAAUCGCAUCAGGGACAUGAUCUUUUCAAACGGUACCCAUGACAACUCCUAUUACUACAAUGCCAAGCCCUCACGUGAUCACGUUGGGACGACACAUGUGUCUGUCCUGGAUGAAGAUGGACUGGCUGUCGCUGCCACGAGCACCAUAAACCAAUUAUUUGGAGGAGGCAUUUACUCCAAACAAACAGGCAUCAUCCUCAACAAUGAGCUGACUGACUUUUGUGGGAGAGCAGACACAGUGAGGGCAGGUGAACAGCCUCCUUCCUCAAUGACUCCAGUAAUACUGGAGUCAAAGUCUGGAGGACUCCUUGUGAUUGGUGGAUCAGGAGGAAGCAUGAUUACCUCGGCAGUGGCCUUGUCUAUAAUGAAUCGCUUGUGGCUGGGGAUGAAUCUGAAAGAUGCCAUUGCAGAGCCAAUAGUGUUUGUUAAUUCCAAUAACAUUGUGAAUUUUGAGAAAGGUUUUAACAAGUCUGUGAUAGAUGGCCUCAGAGCUCUUGGACACAAACCUGGGAACUGGAAAUACUUCAUGAAUGUAGUCAAUGCUGUGGAAAAGGAGAAUGGAUGCAUUGUGGCCGUAUCGGAUAGAAGGAAGAUGGGGGUGUCAGCUGGAUACUAACCACAUAGACCAUGAGGGUGCACCAACUUCCCACUCAAAUCUUCCCUAAAGACUGACUGAACCUGUAGCCUUAAGAACAAUGAAUGUGCCAACAACUAAUUGUGAGCAUUUUGGUGCUCAGGCUCUUUCCUGGUGUUAGCAGAUCAAGAAACUACAAAACUUAAAGGAUAAUUCCAGUUUACUAUAAUUCUUAUCUUAUUUUCGUAUGUAUGUAUCUGUUAGACAACAUUGUACCCACCAUAAAAAUUGCAGAGUUCUUGGAAAUUGGCAAAAUGGCUCAAAAGAAGUCAGAUGGGGCAAGAAACAUAAGCAAUCAUAUUAUCAGAUUAUCUAAACCACUUUAUUUGGAGGUAAACUGAAAGUAGAAGUUUUCAUCUAAAUGUAGGAAAUUAAUGCAAUGUGAUAUUCUGACCCUUUUUAAAGUCCGGCGUAUUUCCCUGCUGAGUGCAAGAGAAAUACACUAGGGUCAUAGUUGUACCUAGAAGUUGGUCUCUUAACUUUUAGAGGCAGACUUUUAACUGCAUCUUCAUCACCAAAUGCAGCUUGCUCAGUUGUCAUGACAAUUCAAAUCUCUGAAAAAGCUAAUAAGUGGACCAUGAAGAAAAUAUGGGUAUUAUGUCACAUUGGCCAACAUAGUUGGCCAAGUACAUUUGCAUAACCAUGGGGACUGUUUAAAAACUAUUUUAUUGUCUGACUUCUUAGGUUUCUUAUCCUGUCAGUCUUCUUUUUGGUGAUGUUGCCAUGUUCCCAGAUCUCAGCAAUUAACUUGGUGAUUGUGACCAACAGAAAUUAUGGGAAAUAACUAUGAAAAUUAGAUCCAAGUUGUAAUAAACCAGCCUUAUCCUUUGAGCUGAUCAGAAUGUUCGAUAUAUAUGCAUUUUCAAUCCAGCCAGUCCUCACACACACACACACACACACACACACACACACACACACACACACACACACACACACACACACACACACACAGAUGUCAUACCACUUGUUGUAUACUAAUGCACAGUGAGCACACCAUGAUGCUGCUACUCUUACAGUACUGCUGAGAUCUGCCUAAUGUGCUGUAGAUUACACACUCCUGACCAAAGUGGAUAUUUGUAGCAGCAAGCCAUAAAGGCAAAUCUACUGGAGUCCAACAAAUCAAAACCAAGCCCUCUGUGAUACUGUAUCAAGUUUAUUAAUAUCAAUGAAUGUUUUAUUUUCUGACUGAUUUUUGUGAUUCUGUGUAGAACUGUUAAUUGUAGAUGAGCCAUGUAACACUUUUAAAGUGACAUCCUGACUGACAUAUAAGUUGAAGUUGAGUCAGCUGCCCAAACAGGGAACUUUUACUGUGACUUUACAAAUGUUACUGUAUGUGAAACAACCCUAUUCAUGUCCCUGAGCAUAUUGUGAUUUUUUUGAAAGAUUAAGGAAAUGCUGUAGAAUUUCAUUUAAAAAAAAUUUUAUAUAAAAAAAACCUUAAUUCACAAUGAACACAAUUAUCUAAGUGUAUUUUCACACAACCGGCAUGUCAUUUAGUAUUUUCUCUGUUUAAUAUGUCAAAAUGUUUUGUAAAAUAGUUACACAUUUUUACAACUAUUAACUGUGAAUAU